AUGGACAGCGUGGGGCACCUGAAGAUUGCCGACUUUGGCUUAGCACUGGAAAACAUACGAGGAAGGAAAAAAGCCAAAGAACACGCUGGAACCCUGGGCUAUAUUGCGCCAGAGGUGAGACCAACACCAUGGCUUAUGUGCAUACAUUAAAUGGCUCUGCAGCAGUUAGGCUCGCUAUCCAUCCCAUGAGGAAUACAUUUCCAAACGAAAUCAAGAAAUUACAAGUUAUUUUUAAUGUAGUUCAGUACGUGACUGGCCUAAAGCUUCACAUCUGGGAGCACACGUGUUGUAGUGCACAUUCUGUGUGUAGUUGGGAUGACUAAAUGUAUACAACCAUCCCUUCUGAAUUCAACUAAACCAUUCACACAUUUACUCACCAAAAUAAAUAGAAGAUUAUAUGUAAACAGUUGUUUGGCGAGAGGUGGAUUUGGAUUCUCUGAGUGUGUGAAAUUCCUAAGAUAUGUUGUCAAACACUUUAGCAAGAAAGAUCCAACGCUUGGUGUUUUUUGUAAGAAAUAAACAAUUGAAUUUAGGGCUGGUGCAAGGAUUUUAUGCAUUUUGCCUACACCUCCCCCCCAAAAAUGCAUCUUCGUCUGUGUGUCUCUUAAACCCCUCUUGAAUUUCCGUUUGUCUUUCUUAACCCCUCUUACACCUCUUUAUGUUCUUACACCCCCUUUAGUCUUAUUCCCCAUUUUUCUACUUUUUAUGUCUUAUUUUCCCCUGAGCCCCUUCGUGUGUUUCUUAGUCCCACAGUCACUCUGUGUGCCAAUUCAUCACCCACAGUGCCUUUGUGUCUCUUUUUUUUCUCUUCUCCUCUGUGUGCCACUCCCCCCAGCACUUUUGUGUGUCGCUUUUCCCUCCACACCCCUGUGUGUGUUUCUUUUUUCCAAGCCUGUUUUGUGUGUCUAUUUUCACCAUCCUCUCUGUGUCUCAUCCUCCCCUUAUCCAGUCCAUUUGUAUUUCUCUUUCUCCCCCCACAGCCCCUUUCGUAUACCUCUCUUCCAGCCCCUUUUGUGUUUCUUUCUCCACUUCCCCUGUGUAUGCAGGGCCGUCUUUAAGGAGGGGCAAAAGGGGCAGCUGUGCCGGGCCCAGUUACUCCUGGGGGCACUAAGGCAGCUGCCCCAUGAGUCCCCUGCAGCACCUGAGGUAAUCAGGGGCCACAGCCCUUUAAUACUGCUCUGGACCGGGCCCUUGUAAUAUGGGGGUUGGCUGAAUACAAACACACAGCUAGCCCCUCACACACUGCCCUGUGAUCCCUUUUCUUCUCCGUGGCAUGCAGUCACUUCCUCCCAGCAAUGAUAAUCUCAUCACAGGAGGCCCUGUGACCGGGCCCCCUGACAAUCCAUCUCCUUUGGGUGGCCCUAACAGCAUGGGUCACCCAAUGGACCCCUUCAUGUGCGGCCCCGGCGGUCGAAAAAGAUGCCGGCGGGUAUCCGCAUGGCGGCCAGGCCCCCUGGAGUGACGGGCCCGGUCGCAGCUGCGACCCCUGCGACCGCGGUAUGUACACCACUGGAUUCACCACUGGUGUCUAAAAAGACACUUUUUACUUGGCAGGAUUUGAGACUUUGCUUUCUGUUAGAGUUCUUUGUACUAUCGGUUAUAUCAAUUGCUGUUUGCUUUUUGUUUUGUUAAUAAAGGUAAUUAAAAGUUUAUUUCACACACUCUUCUGUUCCUCUUUACAGCUCCUGCUGAAAGAACCUGCCAUGCGGUUGGGGAGAAAAGGCCUAAUCCGUUCUCACAGCUUCUUCCAGUCUAUUGACUGGGAGGAGUUGGAGGCCGGACGGGUAGAGCCUCCCUUCACGCUAAGUACAGUAAGUACAUCAACAGAAAAGUUAAAUAUAAAGCAGGUUAUAAAUCUGCCUAUAAAAUCUUUAAAGAGAGAAAAUGGCCAAGUGAGGUGGGUGAUACCAUUUGGUGGAUGUUGUUGUCAUGUGACCGGUGGGUUAUCUGCAGAUUCUAUAUUUCCUGCUACCUAAAGAUGUUGCUACAUAGUAAAAUGAGCUUUGCAUAAGCAUUGGAUAUUUUUUUUACCAAUACUGUACAAUCUUUGAUUAUAUCUUAAACUGGGCAUUGUGAGGAAUUUUUAGAGGAUUUUUUUUUUUAGUUUGUCCAAAAAGCCAGACUUGAAAAAAAAAAAUAUAAAUAAAAAAAUUCAGGUAUUUCUCCAGCUUUGUUGCUCUGACCCAACUUUUUUGGCAAAACCCUUAUUAAUUCUACAUUAUUCCGGGUUCAGUAAAAAAAACAAACAAAACUAUUUGUUUAAUGAAGCUCUGCUCAGCACAUAACUACAAAACAGUAAAAUAGAAGAGUGUUCCAUGCAUUGAAAAUAUCAUAAAAGAGAGAUUAUACUGAUUUCUCCUUCCGAGUUGACAGGAAAUUAGCUAUCCUUUGCUUCAUAUUUUCCCUCACCGGCCCUCCACCCGUUAAUAUUUCCUCCUUUACAUUUCUUCCUCUGACUCCUCUCCAUUUUUUAUUUUUUCAUUCCUUCUUGUUACCUCUACCCAUAUUUGUGUCCUUAAUUUCCCCUUAUGUUUUCUUUUAACUCCCAAGUGCGGCAUUAUAUAAUUUAUCUCGAUAUUGUAUAUUUCUUCCCAGCAUAUUAUAUAUAAAAAUAUGUUGAUACAUAAAUUACAAAUUUAAAGACAAACAUGCAUGGGGAAAUGUUUGAACUGGAAUGAGAAAAGACUGAAGCACAUGAUUAUGCGCUGUGCUCUGUGGUAUGCUAAAAAGUGUAUCUCUCGUCACAUUGUAGCCAUCUAUGGACGAAGUGAAAUCAGUGGUGAUGCAGGAGAAAGCCUUAUCAUCGGCAGAACCCCUGAAAACACCUGUUGGGCCAGAGAACCAGAAAUUAUUCUGUGGUUUCUCUUUUAUUAGCCCGCAAUUUAAAAUCUCAUCCCAGUCCACAGCAGCUACUCCGUUGUAG